AGAUUAGUCAAGCAAGUUGACUGCAAGAAAUUUGGGAUGAAAACACACCGAGCGUUCCCUCACGAUUUUAUAAUCUGAAAGAGAAUGAACACUUUGGUUCUCACGGGAAGGAAAUCUCGACGUUUGACCUGGAGAGGCUGAAAAGCUUCAUAAGGUGGAACAGUCUGCACCAGGAAGAGAGGAUGGAUAUUUAAAUGACAUCCGUGGACUCCCCUCCCCACUAGUCACAGAGCAGUUGUACUCGAUGGCGCAUUUUCUGUAACACGAUGGAGCCCACUGGGUUUUCUCCAGACGAGCUUAAGUCCUCUCUGAGCCGUGGCCACCUUGAGGCCCAGCUGGACUUCUUCCAUAAGUUAGGUUACUCCACGCAGCAGGUCAGAGCCGUGCUCAAGAAAUACGGCCCCAACACGGACCGAAAUAAAGUUCUCGGAGAGCUGGUACGGAUGAGAGCCGACCUGAGGGCCCAGCAGGGGCCCGUGACCACUUUGUCGGUGCCGCUUACCAAAGAUGACAACCGGGCCGCUGAAUCGCAGAAGUUGCUGCUUGCUUCUCAAAAAGGGGGCAGCGAUGAUGAAAAUGCUCUGAGGCCCAUUGUCAUAGACGGGAGCAAUGUAGCCAUGAGCCACGGGAACAAGGAAGUGUUCUCUUGCAUGGGAAUCCAGUUGGCGGUGGAUUUCUUUUUGAAGCGAGGCCACACCACCAUCACCGUGUUUGUUCCAUCCUGGAGGAAAGAGCAGCCGAGACCCGAUGUUCCGAUCUCAGAUCAAAAAACUCUAGCAGAUCUGGAAAAGAAGAAGUACCUGACGUUCACGCCGUCACGCCGCGUGAGGCACAAGCGGGUGGUCUGCAACGACGACAAGUUCAUCGUUCAGCUGGCCUUCGACACCGGCGGCGUCAUCGUGUCCAACGACGUCUACCGUGACCUCCAGAUGGACAAGCCCGAGUGGAAGACUUGCAUCGAGGAGAGGCUGCUUAUGUACUCCUUUGUGAAUGAUAAGUUCAUGGUUCCCGAUGACCCACUCGGCCGAGACGGUCCCAACCUGGACAACUUCUUGCGAUGGUCUCCGAAGACUCCCCAAAAACUUCCGUGCCCUUACGGAAAGAAAUGUACCUACGGACUCAAAUGCAAAUACCUCCACCCUGGGCGAGCCAAGCAGUCCAAUUGCUUGCUCGCAGAUGAACUUCGAGAAAACGCAAAGCUCGCCCCCGCCGUUCCCAAAUCAUCCGUCAGAAGUCACGUCCCCGGCCAGAGCUGCUCAUUAGUCGAAGAUGCGGCAAGGAAAUUACCUCUGGGACUUGAGAAAGGCUCCUUGAAAAAAGACAAAGCGACUCACUGUUCGAGGCAGAAGACCUCGUGUAAAAAGGGGAAGAGCAGUUUGGGUUCUUCUGAUCACAGCUCUCAUAAGCAGCUCGAUUCUGGUAUCGGUUCUAUCGAGAGUCAAUCGGCGGAGGCUCAACAGCCUUACUGUCAUGGAGCAACAUCUGGCAGUUCCUAUUCCAUGCUGACGUCCCAUCCUCGGAGCGCACCGAGCUGCUGCUGCCUCCACGACUCCGCCUCAUGGCCAACAUUUCAAGACCAACAUCUCUGUCACAGCGUCAGGUCAGCGCAUCGGCACAGCGCCGACGUGACGCCCGCGGACUCGCCAUGGCAGACCGCCUACAGGGAGGAGAGGAAAGCCACACGUACGAAGCUCCUCGCUAUCUUCAGUACCGACUUGGUGGACGCGACCAUGAACAUGUUUCCGCUUGUGGUGGACCCUCAGAUGUUGGCUGCUGAGAUCAUCAUGAUGCAAAGUCACAAUAAGAUAAGAAACUGUUAAGUUGUGUACUUUUUGUACUGUGGUGACCAUCUUUUGUUGAAAUGCUUUUUUGGAAAUCUGUGAAUAAUUCACCCACUCAAAAACUCUUAUGAUGCCAUGAGAUUGCGUCAGAGUGCUAUUUUUGUCCAAAUGAAGCUCAUCAUGUCCUUUCCACAUAGUUACUUGGCACCACAGUGAGACAAGAUAGUAACAGAUGACUAAUUUUGUGUUAACAUCUCCAUUCACUUGGCACCAAGGUAAUAUAUAUAUUUUUUACUUUGGCUUGAGCACAAAAAUAGUAUCUAAAACGUAAAUUUGCAGAUAUUGUACUGCAAAAAUGCAGAGGUUCACUGUAUGUUACAGUAAACAAUGUUUCCGUAAUGAAUGGGACAAAAGUAUAAUUGGCACGUCUAUUUUAGUUCCUCAGUGCUGGAAAAAUAAAAACAAAUAAAUGCCCUGCCCUGCAA